AUGCCGUGGACUAGGCGUGUCGCCAAGAUCGAGUGCGAUAAGCAUGAGACCAAACUUACGGUUCCGGGGCACAGCUUCCCUCGUGGGGCAGAAAUCAGAGUUGAUGGGAUUCCCAUGUUGGACGGGGGAAGCUUCUUCGUGGACCACUCUCUCAGGAUGGGAAAGAGCAGCUUCAACCUUUGCCGGAAUGUGUCUGUGGAUGUUGCGGAGAUUGACUCGGCCAACUCUGUAGUUCGCACGAAGGUACCGCACCAACUCGGCAAGACACACUGCUCGCUGCAGCUCUUUGCCUUUGACCCGGUGGCCAAGGAGCAGAUCAAGCGCAGCUAUUGCAUCAGUGAGGUCAUCGACGAGAAAUCCCUCCGCUUGCAGGAGUACUGUGAUGCCAAGAAGAUUUUCCUUCCAGCUGAGCUUGGAGCAGACUGGGAGCAGACAAACCUGCAGAAAGAGGCUUGCGAAUUGGUCCUGCCGCAGGCAUGCAGCAUUGAGAUUGGUCCUGGUGCUAUUGCAUCUCUUGUGCUGAAGCCGCCUCCCUCGCCCAAAUCUUGCAUGCGUGAGUGGCAACAAGCUGUGCGUGCGGCUCGGAGUGCCAGCAAGCUGACCGAAGCUGUCCCGGAAGUGGGUCUACCAAAAAGCCCCGACGUUUCCCUGCUUCGGGUUGGGAGCUGCGGCUGGGAUGACUGCUCGGGCCUUUUCGAGAGAACGGCCCAUCUCGACUUCCAGAAAAGUCCUGGUCUCGUGCUCAUCCGCUACAUCGAACAUCUUGGUUGGUGUUUGUUUGCAGAUGUGCAGCCACUGGAUCAUCUGUGGGAGGAGCGACACUAUCUGAACUUAGCUGCAGGGCAGGCCCCUCAGCUCCUUUACAUCCGGCAGGACCCUGAUGUUUGUGGGCAGUGGGAGCCGGUGAUUGGACCGGCUCCGGGCCCCUUCGUCGCGGUGCACCGGGAGAUCUCCGUCCGACCUCCCGGAGCUCAGACCGGAAGCCAGCCGUCCCCUCUGUUGAUGCCAGGCGUCAGCUCCACGGUUUUGGAUGUCUUGUGCAAUUAUUCCUCUGCAGAUUGGCGCGGUGGUAUGGGUCAUGGGAUGGGCUCUGACAGCGUAUGGGGUCAGAGCCCAGUUCAGGCUCUCCUGUCGGCCUUCCAGCUCUUUCAGGACAUCACGUCCUGUUCGGCAGUGUGUCGCAUGUGGCGCGAUGCCUUGAAUCCCUUUGCAGAUCUGCAAACUCUCUGCUAUCGUGCCUUGGGCGUGCCCGACGGCUCUAAAGUAAAGCUUCCUUCUAUCCAGGAAUGUGUUUGUUCCACCGUAGUGGCUGGAACGAUGUGGGAAGAUCCCAUAUCUGCCGCCGGCCACUCCAUCUUCAGAAGCAAUGCCUGGCCUGCUCUCAUAUCAGGAGUUGAGAUCUCAGGUGAGAUGGGCGAGGAUGAAGAUGUUUUUCUGCAAGGGGGUGUGAGCGAAGUCCUGAACAAACAUGCGCCCACUUUCCAGCAAGUGGCACGGCAGAUUCUUCGUGAAGUUCCGCUGGCAUGGAAAACGAAACCCCGCACGCUCAGCAUCCAGCACUGUGGUGAUUAUCAGUUGGCCACCUGCGACCUGCUGGGAUUCUCUGCCGACACCAGGAAGCAAAGCUGUGUUUGCCUUGCCCAAGAAGGCGAGCUUCUGGCGCUUGAUGGCUCCAGGCUCCUUCCUCCAUCGGCCACCGCCCUGAGCCCGUUGGAAGGCAAAGGCCUGCGGCUUCUCUCCACCUUCUUCGGAAAGAGCUCCUCGAUGCGAGAAGCAAAAGCUCCAGGUGCAAGGUGUGGCACCGUAUACUGCUCGAUUCCCAAGGAGCAAGCGGGACAGGAGCAGAUCCCUAAGCCUAAGGAGGCGGAGGGCUGCCCUUUCUGUGCUAAAUAUGUCAACGGCCAGGUCGGCUCCUCACAGCUCUCGAGCUACUUCCAGAUGCUCUUCUCCACGAGUGACUCCAAGCUCAUCUCCUUUAAGAUUACCUUUGACUUCCCGACAUGCUUCGCGACCUCCGAGGGUCCUGAGAUCAUCUCCGAAUUGCAGAAGCUCGUCCCCUGGUGCAUGGACGCUGUUGAUGACUGGGACAAUGAGGAUGAUGGAAGCCUCUAUGGUGCGGACGUUGAUGACGACGAGGAUCCGGGCGAAAAUGACGACCAAACGGAUUCUGAGGAGGAAGAAAUGGAGGAUGGGGAGGAGGAGGAAGAAGUGAACGGCAUCCAGGAGUAG